UGCAGAUCCCAAGAAGAUCCGAACUUUCCACUGCCGAUCGAUGCACGACGCAUAUGCUCUCUCCGGUCACCUCCCUCGAAUCAAUCAAAAUGGCCACUCAGUCCAGCUUAAAGGAUGGCUUUCACAAACAACUCUCCCAACACCAGUCAUUCAGUCAGUCGAAAAUGGCAACACCCAUCACGACCACGAGCACGGCGGCGUUGAGCAUGAAGCUGCUGGUGGACACCAAGGCGGAGCGGGUGCUGUUUGCGGAGGCGAGCGAGGAAGCCGUCGACUUCCUCUUGUCCAUCCUCACCCUCCCCGUCGGCACGGGCGCGGAUAAUGAAGGGUUCGUGCGGGGGAUCGUGACGUACACGGUGAUGGACGACCUCAAGGUGACGCCCAUGUCGGCCAUCUCCAGCGUCACCCUGCUCACCUCCUGCGGCGUCAAGGAUCUGAGCGUGCUCCAGGAGAAGACCGUGCAGGUCGGCUACAACGAGGGUUUGGAGAUACUGAAGGCGUCGCUGCAGUCCAAGACCGUCCUCACCGACGUUUUCCUUGCAAACAAGCAUCCCUGCAACGCUUGAAUUAACCCUGCUGGUUGCUCUGCUACUACUCUGUAUAUGCCUGCAGCUGCUGUUGGUUGCUCUUCUCCUCCUCUGUACAUGUUUGCAGCUGCAAGAGUAGCCGAAUGGAUGACCGUGAUCUUUUGAAGAAUAGAUGAUGUUCCGCACAUUGUUGCGGAAAGUUUUAAUUCACAUAGAUCAAUCCUGGACGUGAAUUUUACUGAACUGCGUUGCAUAAUCAAAUGUCAACCCCUUUGAUCUCCACCAGCGUCGACAG